AGCUGACGCAGACUCUGUGCCGUGCUUUAAGAAACAAAAACAAAACGGAACUUGACAUUUUAAACAGAUCGCAAAUUAUAAAUCACCGUCCCUUAUUUGCGAAUGAGAUUUCUUAAUUUUAUCACCUUUUUGGACAACCUCAUAUGUCAAUGACACAUACAAAGCAGAAGGGAUAGUGUGUGACAGGCGUUCAUGGGGCUGAUGGCGGGAUGGCCCACUUUGAUACAGAAUACCAUCGCCUGGAGGCAUCCUACAGCGAUUCCCCUCCUGGAGAAGAGAACCUGCUGGUGCAUGUUCCAGAGGGAUCCAAAUCUCCAUGGCACCACAUUGAAAAUCUAGACCUUUUCUUCCAGAGAGUCUAUAAUCUACACCAGAAGAAUGGAUUUACUUGUAUGCUGCUGGGAGAAAUAUUUGAGCUUGUGCAACUGGUGUUUGUGGUGACAUUCACAGUGUUCCUGGCUAACUGUGUGGACUAUGAUAUUCUCUUUGCCAACAAGUUUGUUAAUCAUACAGAUUCAUCAAAGGUUACACUCCCUGAUGCUUUUCUCCCAGUGGAUGUUUGCAGUGCUCGGAUCCGUGACAAUGUUUUGGUCAUCUACAUCCUUGUCAUAUCAGGGGUCUUUUGGCUGCAUCGGCUCAUCAAAUUUAUCUACAACAUCUGUUGCUACUGGGAAAUCAGAUCAUUCUACAUCAAUGCCCUAAAAAUGUCCACGACAGACCUUCCUUAUUUCACUUGGCAGGAGGUGCAGGCACGGAUUGUUGAGAUACAAAAAGAACACCAGAUUUGUAUCCACAAAAAAGAACUGACAGAACUUGACAUCUACCACCGCAUACUGCGUUUUAAGAACUACAUGGUCGCGAUGGUCAAUAAGUCGCUUCUGCCUGUGUGCUUCCAUUUACCUGUACUAGGCGACACUGUUUUCUACACCCGUGGGCUAAAGUACAACUUUGAGCUCAUUUUCUUCUGGGGCCCUGGAUCUCUUUUUGAGAAUGAGUGGAGUCUGAAGCCAGAAUACAAACGUGGAGGGAACCGUUUGGAGCUAGCAGAUCGUCUAAGCUCAAGGAUCUUGUGGAUUGGAAUUGCCAACCUUCUCCUAUGUCCAGUUAUCCUAAUUUGGCAGAUCCUGUAUGCAUUCUUCAGCUACACCGAGGUGAUCAAGCGUGAGCCGGGAAGUCUAGGUGCUCGAUGCUGGUCCUUGUAUGGGCGUUUUUACCUACGACAUUUUAAUGAACUGGACCAUGAGCUGAUGUCACGCCUCAGUAAAGGCUACAAGGCCUCCUCCAAGUACAUGAACUGCUUCAUGUCACCAUUACUGACAGUGGUGGCCAAGAACGUUGCAUUCUUUGCUGGCUCUAUACUUGCAGUUUUGAUUGCUUUGACCAUUUAUGAUGAAGAUGUAUUGGCUGUGGAACACGUGCUAAGCAGUAUCACAUUACUUGGAGUCUGCAUCACAGUUUGCAGGUCUUUCAUCCCAGACAAGCAUAUGGUUUUCUGUCCGGAGCAGCUGCUUAAAGUGAUCUUGGCAUUCAUCCACUACAUGCCUGAUCAUUGGCAGGGUAAUGCCCACCGCUAUGAGACUAGAGAUGAGUUCGCUCAGCUCUUUCAGUAUAAAGCUGUGUUUAUUCUUGAGGAGCUCCUGAGUCCUGUCAUCACUCCCUUCAUUCUUAUUUUUUGCUUGCGCCGCAAGUCUCUGGAGAUCAUAGAUUUUUUCAGAAACUUUACUGUUGACGUGGUCGGAGUGGGUGACACUUGCUCUUUUGCACAGAUGGAUGUCCGUCAACAUGGUCAUCCAGCGUGGAUGUCUGCUGGGAAAACCGAAGCCUCCAUCUACCAGCAGGCAGAAGAUGGGAAAACCGAACUUUCGCUCAUGCAUUUUGCUAUCACAAACCCACACUGGCAGCCCCCUCGGGAAAGCACCCAUUUCAUCAGCCAGUUAAAAGAGAAAGUGCAACGUGAGGCCACUGGCGGUCAACAGGGAAUCUUAGCAGAAAAUCCUGCCUUUACCUCAACCCAAUCACUACAGUCCAAUUCAGAGCCUCGCAGUCUUGUUGCAAACCUCUUGAUGGGACCCCCCUCCUUGGCCUCGCUGCAUUUGGGUCGAGAGGGCUCCAUCAUCAAUCCUGUGUCUGUUGGAUUGAGUGAGGGAGCAUCUGCUCUCCGUUCUCUCUCUCCUGUCAGCACAAGUGCACACCUGCGUGGCAGCUACCCAUCUGCCAGGCUGCCACGAGCUGACCAUCCAGCUGUGGUGGCUGGACGAGCCAUGGCAGGCUCAGGCACUGAUGCUCGUACUGUCAGCUCCAGCAGUAGUGCCUGGGAAGGCCAGCUGACCAGUAUGGUCUUAUCAGAAUAUGCCUCCACAGAGAUGAGCAUUCAUGCUCUCUACAUGCAUGAGAUGCAUAAGCAGCAGUCUCGGGGUGAGCUGUCUCGACACGCCUGGCACAGGCAAGAGAGUGACGAAAGCAGCGAGAGUGUCAAUGACCAUAUGGAGUUGUCCCACAACUUCCCCCAUUCCAGCACUUUCCCAAGUGCCAGCACUACAAACCAGGAUGAGGUAAUACUGCAGAACAGCAGCCAGAGGCGCUAUGAUGGAACCGCAGACUCUAGUUUUGGAAGCUCUCGAGUCCAGAGAAUGCCUCGUAUGCCGAUGGGAGGCUGGUCUGAGGAGACCCAAAUCAGCCGCCACCAUGAUCCUGUGCCCGAGGAGGGGUCUGAGGAUGAGCUACCACCACACAUCCAUAAGGCAACAGGAUUAUUGUAGAUGAAGUGCCCACAAGAGACUCACAGCAUCCAUUUACUUUUGGAUACUGAUCAAAAAGUCAUUUUUAUGUACACUUGGUCAGUGUUAAGUGUCCGAGGUUUAUUAUUGUAUGUCACAGUGUGACAUUAUAUAAAAUGUAUUUUAUUUAGCUGGAAGCACAUUAAAAUGUCUUGAGUUUACUAAGCUUACUUAAAUUGAUACUCUAAUUUACAACAUUGGAUUAAAUAAUCAAAAUACCUUAGUAUCCUGAAUGUGUACCUAUCACUUAUUGAUUCAGUCAUAUUGCAAAACUGACAGAUUUGUGAUCCUGUGAAGGAAUUUUAGUUCAGAUUGCAAACAAUGCUUUUCCCUUCUCCUUUUUGAAAGUUUAGUCUCCAUUCAUUGUCAGUAGGCAAGUCAGCAAAUAAUCUUCUGGCAUAAACAUCUGCAUUGAGUUUAUUUUGACAAAGCCUUCCCACACUGUCCAUAUAGAAAACUGUCAAAUACAGUAGCAUUCAAGGGCAUAGCCAGGAAAGUACUUUUGGGUGGGCCUAAAAAAAAUGGAUGCGCCCAGUUUUCUCCCAAAUAUUUUUACCAAAUUUUCCUUAACAACAGAGGCGUCGCAUUCAAACAGUUCUUUCACACUUUCAGAAAUCAGAAUGUAUAAAUUUUUCAAGUAUUUCUAAAUAUAAUUUGAAGUCAAAGAAUAAGCUCUAAUAUCUGCCUUGGCUACGCCACUGGUUGCACACAUUAAGAUUUUAGUUUGGUUGUCAAAAUGCAAAGGUCAGUAUUGAUGUAGAAAAUCUGUGUUUAGAAUCUGUGAGCUGCUUUUAAUCAUUUUGAUGAACACAAAUGUAUUUUAUGCAAUGUGCUUGAAACAAGAUUUAACUGUCAAACCCCAUCUCUACAAAGGAUAACCACUGAAGAUCUUUCUGGCAUGGUACUGGAAAUAUGAUGCAUGCUUUUUCUUAUGUUAAUAUUUCCACAAAAUGUUAUGAAAAUGCACUUUAUCAUUUUUACAGUUUCAAAUGAUUAUUAAAUUGCUGUGAGCAAAUACGUUUUUUUUUGUUUCUUUUUUUUUUGUUUUUUUAUAAAUAUGCAGUUGUAAAUAAAGGUGUAUACUUGUGUCUAUAGGGUAAACUACAAUAUUUUCAGUUUGUCCAUGGCAGGUGGAUAAAACACAAUGUUUCAUAAGAAUGAGCGAGUAGGUUUAUAGCAAUAUCUCAGGACUGGCUUACUUUGGCACUCAAAAGUGCAUGACACUAGUUGGGUGAUUGAAGGUUGCUGCACACUCAAAAUCAGAACUGUUAAAUGGACAUAAAUAGAUUUUGGCAUGUUUAUACAUCUCAUGAAUAGUACAUCACAGCAGAAAACGGCAAAAACUGAUUUUUUUUUAUACAUAUCUCAUAUCAAACCUGUACAUCAUGCUUGGAUAUAAAGUCUACAAAAUGCUAAUUGUGCAUGACCCUUGACCUUUACACCCAUAUAUGUUGUAAUAAUUAGCCUGUAAAAAGCUUCUGUGACCUUAUCUAAUUAAUUAAACUGCAGCUGUGCAUUUUUCCAUAAUUUUUCUUUUGAGGUUUAUAGUGUGAGUUGUAUUUAAAUUUUGUAGAGUUGUAAAUUCAUCAAUAAAAUGUAUUUAGAAGUUUGUGUACAGAAACAAUUUUUCUAGAAUAUGUACUCACAUUAUGGA